CCCAACGCCAACCUCAAAACUUUAAUUGAUUUGUUUAUCAGUUUCUCUUGCGGUAUAGAAGUUAGUGGAAAUUUUAGUAUUCAUAACUUGUUGAAUUCAAUCAUGAAUACCUUAAAUAUUUUAAGUAUAGCAUCUUGUAUUGUAGUCUUGGUUUUCGUACAACAAGCUUUUUCCAUAAAAUGCUGGGACUGCAGAUCUGAUAUUGACCCCAAAUGUGCUGAUCCAUUCGAUAACACAACAUUUGCGAUAACUGACUGUAGCACCCGCACACUAGAUCACUUACCUGGACAGAAGGCCACUAUGUGCAGGAAGAUGAGACAAAAAGUGGAUGGUGUAUGGAAAUAUGUGAGAAGCUGUGCUUUCCUAGGAGAACCAGGAAUAGGAGGAGAUGAAAGGUUUUGUCUGAUGAGAACCGGGACAUACAAUAUCUUCAUGGAGUACUGUACCUGCAAUACAAAAGAUGGUUGCAAUACCUCUAGUAGACUAUCAUUUAGCCCACUCCUUCCGAUCCUAAUAUUUGCAGUAUUGAAUGCUUUUCGGUGAAUAUUUGGAUCGAUGGAUUAUAGGCUAUAAGGUGAGGAUUGUAUAUAAAAACUGUGAAAAGCAAUAUUGUUACAAAAUUUGGUUACAUAAUUUUUUCUAUGUAAUAACUUUUUCUGGGUUUAUAAGGGGUCUUUUUCAAGAGCAACAAAUUUUGUGGAUUUGAUUUCAGAGGUCAAUGAUAAGAUUUGAAAAUAGAAUCAUAUCAUUGUAGUCGUAACCUCUGACUUUUAAUGAUCAUUAUUAUUUCAGUGUUUUGCUGGGAACAACAUUCCAUCUGCUUAAAUAGCAUAACAUUGUUUAUUUAUAAUUUAUUUGACAUGAAACAUUUUUGUCUGGGUUACUCAUUAAUUGAAUCUCAAAUAAUAAGUUUUAAAGUUAAAAUCUGUUCACUAAGGACUUACGAGAAAUGUACUUCAAGAGUUUUUUUAUGCAUUUAUAUUAAAAAUAUUUCUGUUAUUAUCGCAGCUAUUUUAUGAACAUUAGUUUUUAAAUUAUUAUAUUUUUUAUUAUUUUCUGGUAGCAGACUUAUAUUUGCAGUUGAUUAUUUUUUUAUAUAUUUUUUAAUAUUGACAAAUUCAUACAUUCCAAUGUAUAUUGCUUAUCUAUAAAUUUAUAGUCUUUAAGAUCCGUCCAAUAUUUUGAUAACUUUAUAUGUAUAUUUAUGAUAUAAAAUACUUUUUAAGUAA